AUCACUCUGAGUAUGUGCAACUCUGCAUUAUUCGGAUGUCUAUGAAUCAUUUUCGAAAGAAGGAAAAUAGUCCCCACUUGCAGGUCUCUCUCAGGUCACCACACCACACUGUCUAGUCUCAACACACAAACAAUAAUUGAAUCUCAUUUGGGUAUCUCAAUAAAUAAACAAAUCAAACAAACACACCUCAACAUUGAACAUUCCAUUGUUACCUUCAAUAUUUUACUUUGACAAACCAAAACCAAAACCUAAAACAGGUUCUAUGACCUCAGACAUGAGAGGUGCAGGUGCCUUGGGAGCCAAGACAGCAAGAGCCUGUGAUAGCUGCCUCCGCCGGAGAGCACGGUGGUUCUGUGGAGCAGAUGAUGCAUUCCUCUGCCAUGGCUGUGACACUUUGGUUCACUCUGCAAACCAAUUAGCUAGCAGGCAUGAAAGGGUGAGGCUUCAGUCUGCUUCCUCUAAGGUAACCACCACACAAGCAUGGCACAGUGGAUUCACACGCAAGGCAAGAACCCCACGUCAGAAAAACCAUAACUUGGCGCUGCAACAACGCUUCAAAGAAAAAGUGCUCUUCAACAACACAAGCAGUGUUGUUCUUCCCCUUGUGCCAGAGCUUGGAGGUGAAGAACAAGAACAAUUGGUGGAUGAUGAUGAGUCUGAGGAGCAGCUUCUAUUUCGCGUGCCUGUGUUUGAGCCCUUUGAUGGAGAGCCUUGCAUCAAAGAGCUCAAAUACAAUACGCAAAAUGAUGCUGCUGAUGAUGAAGAAGCUUGUAACUUGGAGAGUUUUUGUGAUUUUGAUGUGGAUCUUGCUGAGUUUGCAGCUAGUGUUGAGAGCCUACUUGGGAAUGGGGUUCAUGAGGAUUUAGGUGAAGUGUUUAAUUAUACAAAAGAAGAUGAAAUAGCAGCAUAUGUAAUAGGAGAUGCAGCUACAAGUGAAAAAGCAAAGGUUAAGGAUGAAGAACUGGACACUGCUGAUACUAAUAGAGGUUGUCAUUUGGAGUCAGUUCUUGACAUAACAAGUAAUGAGGCCUUUGAAUGGAACAUUGACUCAAUGUUACAGGAAGAGAAGGAGGCUGUGGUGGCUAGUAAUAGUGGUGAAAGGGAAGAGGGAACAAAGAGAGACAUGUUUUUGAGACUAAACUAUGAGGAGGUUAUAACUGCUUGGGCUAGCCAAGGUUCUCCAUGGACAACUGGAAACCCUCCUAAGUUCAACUCUGAUGAGGACUUCUUGCCAAAUUGCAUGGGCUUGAGUGGUGCAGAUGAGGAAUAUAGGAACUUAAGAGGGCACAUUGUAGGGAGGGGAGAUGAGGGAAGAGAAGCAAGAGUGUUGAGGUACAGAGAGAAAAGAAGAACUCGUUUAUUUGCAAAGAAGAUAAGAUAUGAAGUAAGGAAGUUGAAUGCAGAGAAGAGACCAAGAUUGAAAGGCCGUUUUGUCAAGAGGACAUGCCUUGUUGGAGCCACUUCUUCUUUUCCAGCUUACCACUGACACAUGAUGAAUCAGUUAACUUCCAUGUUUGCUUUUCUGCAAAUUUGGAUUAAUACUUGGUUUGGCUUAGUGUAGCCUGUAUUAUAAUUAAUAAUGUUAAUUACUUGGUCAGGUUUAAUUUUACUAGAUUUAAUUGGUUGCUUGGGAUGUUUCUAUGCAUCUCUUGCAGGUCUAGUAUUAAUGUUAAUCCUUCUCAGCUUGUUGAAGACUUUGUAAUCCAAAUUUGGAAACCUUUUUAUUAUUCCAUAUUACAAACUCAGUUAUUCAAUGCUGAUGCUAUGAUUA